CCCAUUAAAAGACAGAAACCUCCGGUUACGUCAAAAAAAAUUAGAUUGAUGAAACGAGCAAAUUUAAAUGACCUCUCCCUGAAUAUGGCUUCUGAAGAUUGGACUGCUGUAUAUUCAGCACUGGAUGUGGAUGAGAAAGUAUCAGCUUAUAACUCCAUUAUAAUCAAGAUGCUUGACGAGUUCUUACCCGAAAAAACCAUCAGAGUACAUCACUCUGAUAAACCGUGGAUCACUGGUAAUAUUAAAAUGCAAAUCAAAGCUCGUCAGAAAGCCUUUUCUCGUGGUGAUCAGCCAGGAUACAAACAACUCUGCGAGAAAGUGGCAAAUCUUAUAGCUAAAGCUAAAGCCACCUACUAUCGGUCCAAGGCCUCAAAAUUUCGUACGUCGAAUCAAUCGAAGUGGUAUAACUGUAUCUACUCUUUAGUAAAUGCCGAAAACACAACCCACACCCAAUUUCCACACAGGCCCGAAAACCUAGACUUAUCCGACUUAGCUGAAAAACUUCAGAAAGCCUUCACUAAACCAUGGUCGGACCGUUACACGAAUGUCGCCUUCGAAAUACCUGAAGUGAACCAUCCACAUAAGAAUAACAAACCACCUCUUCCUUCUAUUGGCCAAGUUAAAGCGGUCUUAAAACAUCUUAAUCCAAGAAAAGCAACUGGCAUUGAUAAGGUUCCUGCAUGGAUGCUCAAACAAUACCACGAAGACCUAGCUCCUGUGGUUUAUGACAUUGUGUGCUGUAGUAUAAGUCAAUGUUGUUAUCCAUCACUCUACAAACAUGCCCUACUUUCCCCUGUUCCUAAAGUGCAACCGCCGAGAGACAUUAACAAUGAUUUCCGCCAGAUAUCAGUCUUACCCCAUCUUGCCAAGAUCCUGGAAAAGAUCCAGCUCCAGUUAAAUAUUGAAGAUCUGAAAAUUAAGAAUAACCAGCACGCGUUUAUUCAACAUCGAAGCACAGUCUCUGCGUUAAUAUCAACUACCCAAACCUGGUUUAAUGCCACUGAUUGUUCAAAAACAGGCAAAAUGGGGGUUCAUGCGGCCUUCAUUGACUUUCGUAAGGCCUUCGACCUUGUGGAUCACAAUAUUCUUUUGAACAAAUUAGCAGCUAUGAACAUAAAUAAAACCCUUCUGGUUAUGGAUUAAAAGUUUCCUUUCCGGAAGAGUUCAACAAGUAAAUCUCAAUGGUACCUUAUCAUCCAUUGCAACAUGCCCGGCCGGAGUCCCGCAAGGCUCUGUAAUAUCUCCCAUUCUUUUUAAUACCUACAUUGAUGAUUUGGAGGACGUCUUACCAGAACAACUAAAAGUCAGUACGAAUAAGUAUGCAGAUGACUGCACACAACACCAAAUAGUGAGCGUAGAUUCUAAUAGUAAUUUACAAUAA